UCUUGACGGGCUAGACACCGUGCGAAUCCUACAUGUCCCUGCUUUCGAAGGCAACUGUCGGGACAGUGGGGUUACUUUGCAGAACAUUUCUCAAGAUCGGCUACUGCUCUUCUGUGACUGUGAAUGGCCUAGAGAAUCGAUGUAAAGCACUCGAGAGCGACGAGAGAAACCCAGGUCGCGGUGUAGUGACUAUAUGCAACCAUAUCUCGACUCUGGAUGAACCAGUUAUGUGGGGGGUUCUCCCGCUUCGGUACCACCUCAAUACGCGCAUGACGAGAUGGACGCUAGGGGCAUCCGACAUCGUGCUCACGAAUCCGAUAUUCUCCGAGUUCUUUCGUAAGGGGCAGGUUAUCGAGACUUUCCGGGGAAAUGGUGUCUUCCAGCCCGCUAUUAAUCUUGCCAUCGAUAAGUUGCACAGCGGUGCUUGGGUGAGCCUGCAUCCCGUGGACUUGAUACGGUUCAAAUGGGGUGUAGGUCGCGUACUGAUGGAGACAAUCAAACCUCCGAUUAUCAUUCCUAUGUGGCUAACCGGCCGCUCCGCUCCUUGGAAGUUCUUCCCUCGACCAGGCGCAGCGCUCAGCAUCACCGUCGGCAAACCAGUCGACAACACUGCCGUACGGGAGAUGGUAGGCCUCGCCGUCAGCACGGGCGACAUGCCAGAGCUUUCGCAGGGCACUAGCGGCGGAAGGACAGACCCUGUGCGGCCUCGCCAAGGAAAGGCGAGCGCACGGGUCUCGGAGAGCGGCUGGUGGGGUGAUGCUGCGUCGCCGAGACCGAAGGCGGAGGCGCAGAGUGCCCCGGAGUGGCAGACUGCGGAGGAGAUUGCGAGAAUAUGUAGUGCCGUGACGGCGCUGCUGCAGAGGGAGGUGGAGAAGUUGGGCAGAGAGGUUGUCGGGGAUCGUGUAUAGCUGAUGUAGACGUUGUUGUGAGUGUUCAUAAGCUCUAUCUAUCAAUGUUGUAUUGUUGCUCGCGAAGUUCUGCGUUGUCGUUUACUUGCUUGGA